AUGCCCACCCAACGCCACCUCCUCCUCUGCUUCGACGCCUUCGGAACCCUCUUCACCCCCAAACGCCCCAUCCCGCAACAAUACGGCGACGUCGCCCGCUCUCUAGGCCUUUCUGGCUUCACAGACGACCAAGUCCACUCCUCCUUCCGCGCAGCCUUCAAAGCCGAAGCCAAGAAGAAUCCGACUUUCGGGAAAGCUAAUGGCAUGGAUCCUACUACUUGGUGGACGAAUAUCAUCCACAACACCUUCCACCCCCUCACCAACCCCGACAACAACAACAACAACACAAGCCUGCCCCCCGACCUCGCCCCGAAACUUCUCCACCGCUUCGCCUCGGAGGAAGGCUAUAAUCUCGCUCCAGGCACCAUCCCGCUCCUCCAAACCCUCCGCGCCAUUCCACCAGCUCCCAUCGACAAACUCGCCAUCGGCAUCAUCACGAACUCGGAUGAUCGGGUCCCCGGUAUCCUCACCUCCCUAGGCCUUCGCGUGAGCCCCCUCGUAUACAGUGGCGACAACAGCUCCACAGUCCCAAAUCCAGAGGAGGAGUAUGAUAUAGAUUUCACCGUCCUAUCCUACGACGUCGGGCACGAGAAACCGGAUCGACGGAUCUUUGACGCUGCGGAGGAACUACUGAUCUCUCUACCUAUAGCGCAAGGUACAGAGGCGGGGGAGUGGCAGAAAGUUUAUGUGGGGGAUGAGUAUGGUAAGGAUGUUGUUGGGGCGGGGGAGGCUGGGUGGGGUGCUGUGCUACUCGGUGAGGAUGCUGCAGAAAUUCACGAUGACGUUCUGAGGAUCUCGGAAGGUCAUGGUGGCGAUUUACUCGAGGUUCUGCACGCUGGACAGGCAGUAUCGGUCAAGGACUUCACUGUGCUCGCGCAGUCACUAGGUCUGCCGACCUCUCAGAGCGAGCCUUGA